GCAUAAUCACAUUACAAAGCGUACGGGAGUGUUUGUUUGGUGUGUUGUUGCAAGGAAAGAACGUUGUCUUUCUCUGCACGGAAAAUUCCAGCCUUCCUUUGGUAGUGAACCGAUUAUUUCGCACGAUUCAAUUCGUUGGACCUGUCGUAGUGGAACGUUCUCCAACGUGUGGUAAAUGCCAGUGCCAGUAAGUUUAGCUACAAGUGCCAAACAGUAAAAUGGCUUGAACCUAAGCCAGCAACGAAAUUGUGGCUUGAGAGUGCACCUUUCAUGUUCGUGCGAUGUUGUGCGUGUUUAUGCUUCCUGUUUUGCGUUGGUAAAGCAUAACAUCCUCCAGUAGGGGAAUCGUACAGCCAAAUAUGGUUUUUGAUCUCGUACACCGUACCACUAGUGUUCCUCUGAAAGCGAGUGUUUUCCUAAUGCGCGUCUACCCUCAUAAAGUGGUUCGGUAAGAUCGCUAGUGUGUGUAUGUGUGUGUGUGUGUGCGUUUAUUACUAAAAUUUGCACUAACUAAAGUAGGUUCCGUACAACGUUCCAACUACUGGGAAGUGAAAUUAAAAGGCAGCUGUGAAAAUCUCUCAAAUGUUGCUUCCAUUACCACAAAUUACAACAACGAUAGCGAGCGUGUGCAAAAAUUAGCAACAAUUGCGUGUGUGCGAUAAUAGUCAAGUGUGGGUGUGUGUGCGCGUGGAUGUGUGUUUGUUCCAAGCAGGGCUGGGGGUGGAACGGAAUUGGUGGGAAAAUUUCGCACCCAAGAAAGUGAAGGUGAUUUUUCAUGAGUAGUAAGCAGCAACAACUACCAGCUACAAAGAAGCCACAGAAAGAAAGAAUCGAACGCAUUAUAGAAGGCUACAAUCAUAUCUUGCUAAUCCUGUAAAAGACACACAACUAGUUACAAUGGCGGACCAAGAAUCGGACAUGGAAUAUUCGUCCGACAAUGAUUACGAAUUUGAGGAUUAUUACAACUCAGGUGAAGAUUGUGACAUCGAGCAGAUCGAUCCGAAGCGUACCGAUCCGGAAUAUUUUGUGUACGAGUGUUUGAACGUGGAGGAGGUUGAGAAGCUGUUGAAUGAGUCGGUUGAAAAGCUUAGCACGCAGCUACAAAUUACGCCAUCGCUAGCCAAGGUGCUGCUACACGAGACCCGCUGGAACACGGUUGAAGUGAUCGAGCGGUACCGGAACAACGCCUCCAAUCUGCUGGUCAGUGCACGGAUUAAAGCGGCCGCACCCUCGGUGCCACCGCCAGCACAAUUACCCGUCCCGUCUACGUCCUCUGUCGCCGUGGUGGUCGCUACUGGUGCCACCUGCUCAUUCGUCUCAUCCGUCCCUGGCUGCUCGGCCAGCACAGCAAUACCGGGAACGAGCAGCAGCAGUAAUGUUAGUAGUAGUAAAGCUCAUCAAACCAUCGGGUCCACCGGCACUACAACGACGGCAACGGUGACGGCUUGCUGCUACCGUACGCAACUCUGUCCGGUUUGCGUUACGGUGCAAUCGACUGACAAGUUUCACUCACUGUCCUGUCAGCAUUCGUUCUGCCGGGACUGUUGGGCGAUGCACUUCGAGAUACAAAUCGGGCAAGGAAUUUCAACCCAGAUCGAAUGUAUGGAGCAGCGCUGUGAUGUGCGCGUACCGGAAGAUCUCGUGCUGACGUUACUGAAUCGACCGAUGUUGCGUGAUAAGUAUCAACAGUUUACGUUCGCCGACUAUGUUAAAUCACAUCCGGAACUACGCUUCUGUCCCGGUCCAAACUGCCAGACAAUCAUCCGUAGCCAGGACAUUAGCCCGAAGAAGGCUGUCUGCCGGAUGUGUAAGACCGCGUUCUGUUUCCGGUGCGGGACCGAUUAUCACGCACCGACCGACUGCCAGAUCAUACGCAAAUGGUUGACCAAGUGUGCGGACGAUAGCGAAACGGCCAACUACAUCAGUGCCCAUACGAAGGACUGCCCGAAAUGUCACAUCUGCAUCGAGAAGAAUGGUGGCUGCAAUCAUAUGCAGUGCUUCAAUUGCAAGCACGAUUUCUGCUGGAUGUGUCUCGGUGACUGGAAGGCACACGGGUCGGAGUAUUACGAGUGUUCGCGGUAUAAAGAAAAUCCAAACAUCGCCCACGAAUCGGUACACGCGCAGGCUCGGGAAGCACUCAAGAAGUACCUACACUAUUACGAGCGUUGGGAAAACCAUUCAAAAUCGCUUCAGCUCGAGCAGCAGACGCUAGAUCGGAUGCGAACACGCAUCAAUGAGAAGGUGAUGAAGGGACUCGGUACGUGGAUCGAUUGGCAGCAUCUGUUCGAUGCAGCUACCCUACUAGCCAAGUGUCGUUACACACUUCAGUACACAUACCCGUACGCGUACUACAUGGAAUCGAGAAAGGAGCUGUUCGAGUAUCAGCAGGCUCAGCUCGAAGCGGAAAUAGAGAAUCUUUCCUGGAAGGUAGAACGGGCGGAAACGACCGAUCGUGGUGAGUUGGAAAACCAAAUGGACAUUGCGGAAAAGCGACGAACGACGCUGCUGAAAGAUUUCUUUCCAACGGAAGCGUAAAAGUAGGGGGGGUGGGGGAGGGAAAAGAUUCUUUUUCGAACAAAAACUUAAUUCUUCCACCGAACGAAGGGUGCGCGCGUGCGUUACAUUAUAGCUACUAUUAUAGCAACAAGAGCUACUACUACAACAAAUGCUACUAUUACGAUUUGUACACAUUUAGCAUGUAAAAGCAACGUACUACACCCGUGUUCCUGCAGCAGGGUAUUUUAGGGUAAGGUAUUUUGGAUUCUUAGAAAAGCGCCAGCAAUGAAGCUACUAUCCGAUAGAACGACGAAGAAAACAAAAGAAACCAGAAAAGACAUACGCGAUCUUCAGAGCAGCAUUGAUGCAGUGUGAGUGAGUGGAUGCAGCAAAACUAUUAGUGACGUAUAUUUUGCUUAGCUUUAGAUUAGUUAUGAAGGUAAAGAAAAAGUCACGUGGCGUGUUACGAAUAUGGCUAGGGCAAGUAAAUACAAUCUUAAGUAGUAAAUAGAAGAAACGCUGAAAAAGACGCUUGCGUCAAGUGCAAUGAGGGAAUAAAAAUUGAAAACAUUAUGCUUAACAGCAAUACACAGAA